AUGGUCACUUCCUCGAGUUUCAUUUUAUGUUCUUUGCUCCUGUGCUUGGUUUCUUCUCAAGUCCUAGCCACUUCAAGUUCUCAGCCCAAAGCACUUGUUAUUCCUGUGACCAAAGACUCCUCAACGCUCCAAUACACAACCCAAAUCAAGCAAAGAACACCACUUGUGCCCAUUAAGCUGACCAUUGAUGUGGGUGGGAUUUUCCAAUGGGUGGAUUGUGAAAGCGGGUAUGUGUCAUCUUCCUAUAGGCCAGUUUCUUGUGACUCUCAAAUAUGCAUGGCUUCAGGGUCAGGUGCUUGUGUGACUGAAUGUUACUCUCCUCCUCGACCUGGGUGCAACAACAACGCCUGCAGCCACCUGCCUAACAACCCAUUUAGCAACUCUAGCGGUGGCGGCGAGAUGGCCUACGACACUGCCGUCAUCCAGUCCACUGAUGGGAAGACGGGAAGCAAGGCAGUCGCGGUGCCGAGGGUGGUAUUCACGUGCGGUUCCGCUUGGAUGCUCGAGGGCCUCUCCGCUGGUGCUCUGGGAAUAGCUGGGCUCGGACGAUCUGAAGUGUCACUCCCUGUCCAAUUUGCUUCCGCUUUUAACAUUCCAAAAAAAUUUGCCAUAUGCUUGAGCUCUUCAUCAAGCUCCAAUGGUGUCAUAUUCUUCGGCGACAGCCCUUAUGAGUUCCUCCCUAACGUCGAGGUCUCUAAGUCACUCAUGUACACCCCAUUAAUCCUCAACCCGGGAAGCACCGCAGGAUCUUAUUUUGAGGGUAACCCGUCAACCGACUAUUUCAUAAACCUCACCUCCAUCAAGAUCAAUGGAAAAGCAGUCCCACUGAAUCCGACAUUUCUGAACAUCACUGACGGCAAUGGAGGGACGAAGAUCAGCACCGUUAAUCCGUACACUGUGAUGGAAACGUCAAUCUUCGAGGCCUUCACGAAGGUGUUCAGACAAGAAGCCAAGAGCUUGACUGAGGUCUCGUCCGUUAAGCCAUUCAAGUACUGUUUUAGCACCAACAACACACCGUACACUAGAGUGGGACCGGCGGUGCCGAUUAUUGAUCUGGUGAUGCACAGCAGCAGCGUUUAUUGGAGGAUCUUUGGUGCGAAUUCGAUGGUGCAAGUGAAGGAAGAUGUCAUAUGCUUGGGUUUCGUCGAUGGCGGUUCAAACCCGAGAACGUCCAUUGUGAUUGGUGGAUAUCAAUUGGAGGAUAAUCUUGUUCAGAUUGACUUGGAGAAAGCAAGGCUUGGAUUUUGCUCCUCUCUUCUUUUCAAGCAAACUACCUGUUCCAACUUCAACUUCACUUCAAGCGCGUGA